AGAUGGUGGUGGAUCAAACAUCAGUGCCAAAGAGUGAGGAAAAUGGGUUGCCAACUGAAAACUAAGUUGGUUUUUCUCUUCCUUGUAUGGGGAUCAUGUGCAUUUCUAUGUUAUGGUCUUCCAAGUGAGUACUCCAUAUUAGCCCUUGACCUUGACAAGUUUCCUUCGGAGGAAGGGGUGGUUGAGCUAUUCCAACGAUGGAAGGAGGAGCACCGAAAGUUCUACACACACCCCGAAGAAGCAAAGUUAAGGUUGGAGAAUUUCAAGAGGAACUUGAAAUACAUUGUAGAGAAGAAUGCAAAGCGAAGUUCUCCCUACGGCCACAGUCUCGGAUUGAACAGGUUUGCUGACAUGACCAAUCAAGAGUUCAAGAAUAAGUUUAUUUCAAAGGUCAAGAAGCCAUUUAGCCAAAGGAAUAAUGGCUUGUCUGUAAAGGGUCACUCCUGCGAAGAUGCACCUUACUCUUUGGAUUGGAGGAAGAAGGGUGUUGUGACUGGUGUGAAGGAUCAAGGCGACUGUGGUAGUUGUUGGUCUUUUUCUUCUACUGGAGCCAUGGAGGGAAUAAAUGCAAUAGUCACAGGGGACCUUAUAAGCCUUUCGGAACAGGAACUUGUGGACUGUGAUAGUACUAAUGAUGGAUGCGAUGGAGGCUACAUGGAUUAUGCUUUUGAAUGGGUUAUAAACAAUGGUGGGAUCGACACAGAGAGUGAUUACCCAUAUACUGGUGUAGAUGGUACAUGCAAUGUCACCAAGGAGGAAAGGAAGGUUGUUAGCAUUGAUGGCUACUCCGAUGUGGCGGAAUCAGAUAGUGCUUUGUUGUGUGCUACAGUGAAGCAACCCAUUAGUGCCGGUAUAGAUGGCUCAUCAUUGGAUUUUCAACUAUACACUGGUGGCAUCUAUGAUGGAGAUUGUUCAAGUAAUCCAGAUGAUAUUGAUCAUGCAAUUUUAAUUGUGGGUUAUGGCUCAGAGGGUGAUGAAGAUUAUUGGAUAGUAAAGAAUUCCUGGGGAACCUCAUGGGGAAUGGAAGGGUACAUUUAUAUCAGAAGGAAUACUAAUUUAAAAUAUGGUGUGUGCGCAAUCAAUUACAUGGCCUCCUAUCCUACCAAAGAGUCCACUGCACCAUCCCCAACUAGUCCUCCUUCACCACCAUCACCACCAGCAACACCGCCGCCGCCGUCGCUGCCACCACCUCCACCUCCACCUCCUUCUCCUCCACCAAGUGAAUGUGGAGACUUCUCAUAUUGUCCAGCUUAUGAGACAUGUUGUUGCCUUUAUGAGUUCUUUGAUUUCUGCCUCGUUUAUGGUUGCUGUGAAUAUGAGAAUGCUGUGUGUUGCACUGGGACUGAGUACUGUUGUCCAAGUGAUUACCCCAUUUGUGAUAUUGAAGAUGGACUUUGUCUUCAGAACCCUGGAGAUUUAAUGGGGGUGGCUGCAAAGAGGAGAAAGAUGGGAAGGCACAAGUUACCGUGGACAAAAUUUGAUCAAACAAAAAAGGCAUACAACCAUCACCUUCAAAUGAGGAGGAAUGCUUUUGCUGCAGUGCUUUGAAUAUGCUUCUUUCGCCCUCAACUAGCAGCAAUUUUCUGAUGCUUGGAUGUUCUCUAUAUUGUGUACCAUGGGCAUGGAUUAUAUCUAUCCGAUAUCAUGAUUUAAUUUCUCCUGCUACUUUAACUUACUCGUAAGUUAUACAAGAAGCAUUCAGUGGCACCAAAUAUCAUUUUAAAUUGUGUGAUAAACUUGUGUUUCAAGCA